AAGGCUCUUGACUUCUGGUUACUAACUUGCCAGUAGCAGCAGCAGCGGGUGGCAGUGGGGGAGGGCGGCAAGUCGUCUUUCACCUCUGUAUCACCGCUUCCAGCUCAGAGGAGCAGAGCCGUUGCUCUUCAUCGGGGGUGCAUUUGGUAACCAGUGCAAUCUCAUCAUCUCAGACCAUUUCUCUGCAGCCGGAUUCCUUCUUAAAUCCUCAGCAGACCUUUCUUGGGCUCUUGAAAGGGAAAAGCCAAAACCUAAAUUAGCGUUAAGCUAACAUUUUGUUGAGAGACUUUUCCAGCUCUUUGCUGAGGUGCUUCAGCAGGGAGUUUGUAUGGACGGGUACAAAUGGCAGGUCACGUGCCUUCAGGUUUUGGUUGUCAGCUUGCCUUUACAAAGUUGAUGAAAGUCAUCCAGGAGUUUUACAGGAAGUUGCCACCUGUGUUUGCGCUGCACAGGAGCAGAUACCAUUGAGGUUUUUGGAAUUGAUGUUUACAAAUUAUGUGUGUUGUUACAGAGAAUGUCAGAGGGAUGUGGUGGGUUUUGUGUCUGUUGUAUUUAAAUUUAUCUGCUUGUGAUGAUCCUGUCUGUUUGCUUGGUAAAUUGAAGGAGGCUUUUAAGGGAAAAACAAACAGAAGAUGAAACCGUAAUAAAGAUGCAGUGGUGUCAGAGAUGGUAUCAAGAGUCCUUACGUAAAUAUUGGUGGAGUUAUUAAUUGGAAAGGUCUACCUGCCUGACUUAAGGCAGUUAGCAGUAUUUAUGCUCUUGGGGCCCAAGCAUGGAUGAGGGUGCUUAUGUGUCACAGCCACAAUGAGGAGAGGCUGAUCGCAGCCUACAAAUUUGAAAUGCAGCUGUAUUUAUUUAUUUACUGUGAUAAACAUGAGGUGGCAAUGCAGACCCCAGCCUAAGGUGGCAGGUCUGUAGGGCCAUGUGGUUUUAUCCAGAAGGGCAGAGCAAGUAGAUCACAGAGGAGCAUAUGCAGGGGACUGCGAGAGACAAUAUCCCAUUAGACAUUCCUUGUACAGAAAACAACGUGGGGUCUUUUAUGGUAAGAAUAAUUAAGCAGAAUCAAAAUUACAAAGGGGUUUUUGACAGCCACUCUAACCUGAAGGUUAGGUUUUGUGUUAUCAGCGUGUUGUGCCAGUGGCUAGUACCACCUUUCAGGGACCAGACACCUCACCACAGGCGUAUGGAGCAAGAGUGCCAACGCCACAGCGCUUGUCUGAUGUCCUGGCUGCUGCCAGGGUCUGGCGUGCUGGUGCCUAGGUCAGGAGUUGUCUCUGAAAAACUCUCGGUGAACACACUCUGCUGUUAAAUUAGGAAGAGCUUUGGGAAGGGUGGCUGUGUCGCCCUUGAUGUUUUUUCUGCAGGAGUGUAGAAGACAGUCUGGCAUGUUACGGUCACAUACGAUCAGAUUUUUGAUGAGCCUUGUUACUUCCAAGAGCAGAAUAUAUUUCAACAGCCUUAAAAUGCCAGCACUUAGUAUAAUGGCUGGGUCGUUCUGCAGCUAUUGCCAAAAACCUAAUUGCCCAUUUGGAAGGAAGAACAGAGAUGUGUCAUUUUAUGAAAGGUUGCAAUGGGGGCAAUUUUUACCUGCAGGUGAAAAAUGAUGAGUGUGUUGCUUUGUUACUGUCAUUUGCUGCUUGCGCAUUUAUCAUCACUGUGUUUAUGUAUUUUAUUCUCUGUUUGAGGAGCUGCUGGCUACAAAUAACCAGUAAUCUCUUGGUUUUCUCUGAUAUCUCUUAAUUAUACGUGUACUUCCUUUCCUUCUGUGUGUGCGGUCAGGUGCAGGCUGUGUAUGUUAGCAUGGCAUGCAUAUGCUGUAUGCCAGAGGCCUUUUGUGCUUUCAGUAAGAGAAAAAAGCAGUUGUGUGUGAUGUGUCAUGGGCUUAUAGUAAUUAUAAGUCAAUAACGUGAAUCAUGUUUUCUUCUCAACUGUCAAAAAACAGUUCCUGGGUUUCCUGCCUGUCUCUUUGACAAGUUUACAUUUCCUCUCAGUAAGGAAAAUACCGACCUUUUUUUAAGCAAACUUUAGGUCAGCCUCAGUGAUGUGGUAUCCAGUCUUAGCUGUAUUUGCUGCCUCUCUUCAGUGAGGCUGAGCUCAGUACACUGCCAACCCUCCAGCUACGUCGAAGCCUGCAGACUCCUCCGCUGCAGCUACGUGCUUGAGCAAACCUGCAGCUGGGUCCAAAGCCUGUGGACAGGAUUAAGCCCAGUUAGAUUAAUGUUCUGGUGGAGGAGAAGGUGUAACUGCCGUAACAGCAAAUUACAAAUUCGGAGUUAGAUGCAAUCCUCGUGCAGUCUGAGGGCUUUAAAAUGCCUGGCAAUGCCAUGCCUAUGCUGUAAGCUGUGGUUAAUUGACCUGGUCUCCUGAUUUUGCUGCUCUGAACUUCCUAGGCAAGUACCGGCUAAUGGCACGACUGUCCUCUUAAUGCUGGGGUGACUCCUGCUUAAAACCAAAAUCUUAGCAAGAAGAUUUUAAAUUUUCCUUGCAAUAACUGUCAUCUCUUUGAGGCAGUGAGAUAAAAGGUGGAUAGGCAAAAUACCCCAAAUAGCUGCUCCCUAAAUUCUUAAGACCUUGACAGCACAUCAGUAGGUUGCUGCCAUUGCGAAGUUACCUGGUUUGGGGUUUCUGUUACUUGAAAAUGUAAAUAAUGGGCAUGUUCAAUACUAUGUUCAAUGCUGCUUGUGAACAGUGAUUAUAAAACCUCAUAGCACGGACAUGAUUGUACACCCAUAACUGGGCCAUGACUGGCAGGGCAUGGGAGCAGGUCUGUGCCAUAACAAAGCUGCCACAGCUGCUGGGGCAAGCUGAGCAUCGUGUGGUGGCUUCAAAUGCACACGUGUGCUUUCCAGAUACCCUUAUCACUCCAAAGCAGGGUGCCACGUUCCAGCCGCUAGGAUUGGUGGGGCUUUUUUUGUUUGUUUUCUUUAAAUUUAGUAGCUGGAGCACAAUUCUGCACUGGUGGGUGGUGUUGGUGGGAAGUUUCACUUCUCUGGUCUAGCAGAAGCCUGAAGGCAGUUCCUUGUGUGCUUUGGGCAGAGAUUUCUCAGAGUUAGAGGCGAGAUGAAACAUUUCAGAAGAGGGAAUUGAGAUACUGGAAAUUACUUCUGCUCUGCUUUUAUUGAGCUAGUGUUGAGCUUGAUAACCUCUCUUCAGGAAAUUUUGAACCUUGCACCACAUCCUAAAUACUGAACUGAAGUCAUUUGGAGGAGGUGAAGGUGCAGGCAGGUGAAAUGUCUCUGUGGGGAUGGGGAGGAAGCAGACUGCUUCAUGGGUGCAUCUUAAAAAUGGAGCAUCCCAUAGGAUGGGAGAAGUGUCUUGCAGAUGCCUGAGCCAGGUGUAAGACCUGUCCUUGGUAGGCACAGUUUAGCAGUAGCCAGAGGGGCCAAGAGCAUUGUCUCAUUCUCUUCUCCUGCCUUUUGGCUUAGAUGGGAAGAAGACAUAGCCACCCCUGAAAUCUCAGAGAGGCUUAUGCCCCAUAAUACAGUGCACCAGCGCGCAGGUUUCAGAUGGCAGCAAAAAGCCCUCGUUUGCAGAGGGUACAGAGUUGUUGGUGACACUGAGAGUCACUACAAAUCAUGUAGCUGAGGCAGAAGAAGGAGGAGGAAGCUGCAGGGGUUGUGGCACUUCAUUCCCCAAAAAGUAUUUGCAUGAACAGACACAACUUCACAGUCUCCUGGUCCUUGCCUCAGCCUUUUGUGCACGCCUGUGAGUUGAUUUGAAGAGGAGAAGUUUGAUCUCAGCCCUGAAUCAGAUAACAUGGAGCUUCUUGCAACAAAAAGGAAUUGCACAGCAAAUCAGUCGUAUUGUCAUCGGCUGCAGCACGACAUGUAUUUUCUUACAAGCAACAGCCGACUGAAUGAGCAAGUGGUUGAUAAAAUUAUUCUUCAGCUUAACAGAGUCUACCCUCAAAUUCUUAGCAAUGCAGAAGCAGAAAAGUUCAGGAAUCCAAAGGCAUCACUCCAUACCAGACUUUCAGAUCUGAUAAAGCACCUUCAAAAGAAAGGAGACAGACACUGUCAAGAGUUUUACAGGGCUCUGCAGAUCAAUGCUGAUGAGCUGUAUAAUGACCUGCCAAGCAGGAAAAUCUUGAAAACCACAGAUUCCACAGAGAUAGACACUGACAAGGAGAAAUAUAUGCUAAAUGACAGGGGUCCAGUGUUUUUCCUCGCUUGUUUUAGCGUUGCUGCAGGAUUUGCAUUAUUUUGGUAUUGCUGUAACUCAGAUACCAAAGUCGUAGGAAGAGCCAGGAGAAUCUUGGGCUUUUCUCCUAUUAUCAUAGGAAGACACGUUAGAAAUAUUUGUAUGUUGUAUUUGGAAGACAUAUCAAGAAAUUAAGGAAAAGCUGCCUCUUCACUUGUCUGUACAGUAUACCUGCCAAGGGAAGACAACAGUGCAUGAAUAUUAAUGUAUUAUACUCUUAUACCAAAGAUUUUAUUAACUAGCUUCAUCAAUAAUUGUGUUGCCUCAAGAUGUAUUCAGAAUUUCAGCUAUAUAUGUCCUUCCUUAUGGGAAUGGACCAUUUAUUUUUGUAAAUGCUUAUUUUAGAAUAUUUAUCAUUUGGAUAAAAAAUAUUUUUAAUACAAACUUUAAAAUGAUAUCCUAAGUGAUCAUGGGUCUUAAGCCAUGUUUGCAUAUGUGUUUUAUACUGGAAUGAAGGAUCACAACUGUUUUAAGGAAUGCUAGCCUGUCUUUUGUGAUAAUUAAUUUAAGAAAAGCACUUAAAAAAACACAUGUACUCAAAGCCUUACUAAGAAAAGGAUCUCCAUCUCAGGAUUUUCUGUUUUGUCUAGAACCUUUAUACUUACUGCCUGAGCUCAGGUGGGCACUAGCACCUACGAAGUUUAUCAGUGCCGGUUACCUUUGUGUAUGCCAAGUACUUGCUGUGUUUUCUAAUUCUCUUCGUGCCUCAUCCCAGCCUGCCUUGUUCAUGUUCACACUCAGCUGUUGGGCACGGUUUGAAUGCUUUGGAGCUGGUGCAGACUGGUUCUCAGCCCGCUGAGGGUCCCAGGGACUAGAAUGUCUGAUCUGAAGCACUUCAAACUACCAAGAUUUUUCAGAUUUAUUCAGCUUUUCCUUUUCCAGUAAAGUGUUUUGCCGUCUGUAUAUUUAAGAAACUGAAGUAAUCCAAGAUACUUUGCAGGGACUUAAGUGCCAUGACAUGGGGCUUUUUUUAUGGCCAAGAAUAUGUAUACUUACUUGAAGAGCCUGAGGUUGUUCUUAAUGUCAUUUGAUGAUGUUAUGUUUUUCUUCUGUGAGUUGAAACCUGAAAAACUUGCAGAAACCAUUGUAAGACUAAAAUUCUUGAGGGAGAUGCAGGGCGUCAGGGCUGCAAGUGAAGCAGCUUGGGGUUUCUUAGCUUGCUCCUGCCUAGCUCAGUACAAAUGGCUUUCUUCUUCCAGAUGGGAGGUGCAGUAGUUCUGAAAAAUGACAUUUUCAGUGGACAGUUCUUCAGUUACCCGCUCAAGAGUGUAAGGAGCUUGGGGAGACCAUGUCCCUGUACGUGGUGAGAAGGAUACUUUGUGGCUCUUCAUUCACUGACUGAAUGAAGAGAUUUCCAGAUCAAAUCAAAUGUCACCUGAAUAAAAGUUGCAGCUACAUCACAAGUUGCCAUGCACUGGAGGAUCCCAUGCGAAAUUUUCAGUCAUUUGGAGUGGUUUUCUCGAAACAGACUGAAAAUUGUCUUCUGGCUUUAAACUUUAUUCACGCUAUAAAGACGUCAUCAUCUUCUCCAAAGCAAAUCAUCUUGUAAUAACUGUAUUUCCUUCCAGGGCAACACUCAACCUGAUACAGUAGCAAACAUAUAAUGUAGAGGAGGAAUUGGGUACAGGGCUAAAUUUUAAAAUAAAAGACCCAAAGAGUAUUUGUGGGAAAUGUCUUGAGAGAUGAAAAAGGGCUCAGAGGACUCUGAUUUUACUCUUCUGAUAAAGUGUUUUUACCUACGGCAUUGGAGUGUGGCUGGGACGUGAGCCAACCCUGUGUAUAGGUAGCCACAGUCUUCAUUAGGUCAAAUCUCAAGAACAGACGGUGCGUCUUCGUGGCCAUCGCUGGUGUGAGUGCAGCUCAUCUCGAAACACCCAAGUGAAAUUGGACAGGCUACAGGGGUAACACUACAGCCACACUGUAAGUCAGCACAAGCUGUUUGGUUUAAGCACUUAUUCUGGCUCUGCCGAGCUCCAGGUUGCUGGGUUUACACUGCGAAUGGUGCCUCCACCAGCCACGUUAAAGCUGGCUUGGCUAUUUUUACACAGCUGCAGCUGCUCCUUUGACUGCGGAGCUGGCGUUUCCCUAAAAGCUCCCCCGGUGUAACUGUGCAGCGCACUACAGAAGAGUUUUCUGCAUAGACAGGCAGACAUACCCCAAGAUCAGCAGUGGGCCGAGGGAUAUUAUAAACACUUAAUAGCCUGAUUGCUGCGGUGUAAAACGUGGAAUGAGAAAAAUGCCAUGCGAACAAAAUAACACCCAGCAGAGCAGUUUAUUUAGACUUCUUUUCCCCUGCCUCUACCCCACCAGCUCUUGCAUCUCUUCGAUCUAAUCUCCAUGGGGCCUCUUAUUAGGGAGAAAACGGUGACGGAGCUGAGCACAUUUCCUACAGAACUGGCUAACUGCGAGGCUCUGCUGCCCUUGUUACACAACGAUCUGCUGUUGUGCUGCCUUCCGUCUUGGGAAGUGCUUUAAUUAUAUUCUGUUUUCUCUCUGCCUUGCCUUGUGUUUAAGGUGACAACAGGUUGGGGUUUUUUCUCCAGCAAACCAGCUGUAAUUUACAACAUUUGAAAUGAAAUGUUCCUUUCCCCGCUGCUGCUUACUUCCUAUAGCAGCCCCUUUUUAAGGGACUGGAAAAAAUGCCUCUGAAAUCUAAAGGGGUUUUAAAUCUUUGCCUUGAAGCCAACUUUGAAACCUCAUUAGAGGAACGGUUUUCCAUUUUACACAAAAACCCAUUAUUCAAAGUAAUCGCAACAGUCACAUGUCAUUUUAAAGCAGAAACGGAGGCCUUACUGCUGCUAGGCAGAUUCUUUCUGUUUAGAUUACCCACCAUGUUACCCUUUGAAUAACAGGUUGCAAAUUGUUGUGAGCUGUUACUGAAACCUACAGAAAUUACCGGUGCCUUAUUUAAUCUGAAGGUGAGAAUCUGCUAUGCUUACUGGUUCAAGGAUGCCUUGCAGUGCCAGGAGGCCUCUCAGGUCGAUCAGGUUGCUCCAUGAGCAUGCUGGGUGUGCAGUAGGACAUGGUCCUCUCAGUUCCUUAAACUGAGUGGCUUUCUUGAGCCUUGAAAACCAUACAGAAUAGGAAAGUUUACUAAAGGCUAUGGCUAUAUUUCUUCCCUUUCUGAGGUUGCUUGAGAUGAGGAUGCCUCUCGGGGG